CUUUCCUUCAACUCACAUCUUUCCACCCUCUCAUCACCACACCAUUGCUGCCUGAAAGGCUCUCCCAUUGAUCCUCCUGAGAAUCAUCUUCUUACUGCAUCUUCACUUCCUACUGGCCACUUUUUUAUCAUCAACCCGAGCCGUUUGUUAAUCGCGCAAUCCUUAGUUGACGUCCGACCUUUAGUCGUCACGUCAUCAUGCCGCCCAGAACGAAUCCCAGGAAACGGGCGCACGAUGAGGACGUCCCUGACCAUACUCCUGAAGGCAUUCUUGGCCGCGCCGCCGUCCGGUCUAGCUUGCCGCCUAUUCCAUCACGUGUCAGCACCUCUUACGGCUCUGCUAUCUCAGUCCGCGUCCGUAACCCCAGGCGAGGCAAGGACCGCACUAUCCGAGGUGUUAUUGACGAUAUACUCAACACACAAGACACCUCCGCCAUGAGCGACACCGAAUCUUCCCCACCCCGUGACUCCUCUGAUCUCCUUGGAUCCGCUCUCACUCCCACUCCCGCACUGGCUUCCUCUAGGCCCACAGCUAGAUCUGCCGGGUCACCCUCGAAACGCCCUCGAAUCGAAGACGAACCAGCUUCACGGCCCCGGUCUCCAGAUUCCGGGCAUUCAGGCUCAGAUUCUGGUCCGGAGUAUGAGGCAGCACUUGACUUUGGGCCUGGGGCAGAGUCCGACGAUGACAUGGAGCUAGUUGCCGUGCCUGGAGCGGCAUCCGAACCAGAAUCCGAUACGAGGUCCACUCAGGAUCACCUCCCUGGGCCUGGUCAUGAACCUGGUGCAGAACCGUCCACUCCGCCAAAUGCCUCGACAUUGAUGGAGUUUGAAUCAGAAUCGGCAUCGGCAUCGGCAUCGGCAUCGGCAUCGGCAUCGGCAUCGGCAUCGGGGGAGGAGUCUACGUCGAGCCAAAAUACAAGAAAGCGCACGCGUCCUUUGGACCAAGAAGAAGCCGAGUUGCGAUUGCAGCCCAAGAAAAAACUCGCCCAUGAGACAGAACCGCCCCAGAAGAAGCCUCGCAAGGAAACAACACCGCCAGACCAGUCAGAGUCUCGUCCACAACAACCUCCUACCACCCAACCUAACCAUGCAGACGGGGCCCCUUCCACACCACGCCCUGGCCCCCGUCGUCCGCCAAGGUCCGCCCGCCUUCUCAAGCGUGACCCCAUCCGUAACCCGAUCAAGCCGCCUUCCCGGCCUGUUGCUCAGCCAGACAGUGCAACUUCCCAGCUACCAGGCCAUGCCCCCACGUCACAGCCUUCCCUAGAAGAACCAGUGGCACCGGCUCUAAAUCCAGCCGACUUCAAAAUGUCGGGCCUGUCAGCACGUCUGCACCACAUCGAGAGCCCGGAGUCGACUCGCUCCUUUGGUGACGAGAGCUCACUAUUUGGCGGCGCGGGUUUGAACGCCGAUACCCCGGGUGGUGCCGAUCAUGGUGCCCCGGUUCACUCCAGUCAGAAUCUUGCCCAGUAUCCCGCCGCCGAGCCGAAGCCUUUGGUGCCCACCUCCGCACCCUCUGCGCCUGGCCCCGUGUCUGCUACCGCGCCUGCUACCGCGCCUCUCACCACAUCUAAACCCAUUCCCCUUGGCGAACCCACUACGUCUAUGAGGAACGCCAGAUUGGCACGUCAACCGACGCCCUUCCCAUCCCGGCGCCAAGCCACAGAAGAGGAGGAGAAGAACGACGACGACGACGACGACGACGACGAAGAAGACCAGGUGGGAGUAGAACAACCUGUCCAGGAAGAGUGGCAGCGCUUGAAACAGAUUACAAAUCAGCUCCGCACCCAGCGACAACGCCAGGCUCAAUCCGAUAGCAGGAAGACUUGGGCUAGCCGGCAGAGUGGUAGCAGCACUACAACCGGCCACGAGCCACACUCCUCUACUCCUAUAAACCGGCGAGACGACGCUUUUCCCGGCCCACUGUCCAAAGCUGCUAUUAUCACAACCGAUGACGACCUCGAGAAUGAAGAGCAGGAGAACAACCAAAGAUCGUGGCAGCGCGGCGGAAGCCUUCAGCAUACCCCCGAAAACGUGCCGCCCAGCCCAACCCCAACCGACCUUCCACCUGACAGUGUACGGGCACAGGUCGCGCAGUACUUGCCUUUCGUGGGGAACUCUCAACCGGUGGAUGAUUCGGACCCAGAGCCGGAGGAUACCCCGACCGACCCCGUGCCCCCGCGCCGUUUCUCCUAUCGGACCGCUAUCCGACGCUGGCUGCUCAGUGUGUUUGGCCGCUUUUUAGACUUGCUCGAAUUCAUCAUGGAGGGGAAGUACAGCCCUAUCUUCGUUGGCCUGGCAGUCGUCACCAUGGCCUACGUUGGAGGCGGUAUGCUUUCCAAACAUAUGAGUCAGGAGUCCUCUGGGCCAUCGUACGACCUGUUCUCCGACUACCGCACUCAUUCGGGACCCUCGGAAACCUCCGCAUCCUCGUCGUCGUUGAACUGGUAUGGUUGGGGUCUGAGCGCGUGGUCGUGGAACUUGGCUCAGUUGGUCCCGCUCUGGCUCGCACGCCCGUCCACCAUCUUCAGCGCCGACGAUGCUGUCGAGUAUCAAAGGAGGCUACGGGAGCUCGAGUUCGAGUUGCAAAACGUCAAGACAUCGACUAGUUUCCACCGCAGCUCUCUAGACAAGCUCACAAACAUCCUUCCCGCGGUCGUCUACAUGGAGCUGGAUAGAAACAACCGUCCUGUCGUGAACGAUGCUUUUUACCACGCCCUCAGGGACCUGAUGAAAGGGGAUAGUGAGGUGGCCACUCUCCGGCGAGGAUCCCACGGGUACUACGACAUAUCGGAUGAAACUUGGUUGGCCAUCAAGACGAGACUGGCGCGAGAUAAGCACCUGUUCAUGCCAAACCAGACGACCCCGCCGAGUGCGUCGAGUCUGUCCCGCGGCGAAAUCGACCGCAUGGUCGAGUCGCAAGUGCCCAAGUCCUGGUCGGAGUGGGCUAGGAAGAACCGAGACAAGGUGGCCGAGAUUCUAGGACCGCUUCUUCACCCUCACCCCGCCACCCCUCUGAGCAGCGACGACGUGAUGAAGAAGGUAACAGCCGACGUGGAGAAGCAGCUCGAAAAGUCGGCUCUGGAGUACGCCAACCAGGCCAUCCGGAAGGCCAGCGGCGGCGGUGCCCUGAUCACGCGCGGCGAAUUCCUCUCCCAGCUCAAGUCGGAAUUCGUCACGUACCGCAACGAGAUCCGCGCCGAGACCGAGGGGAUCCUCAAGACCAAUCUCACGUCCUACGUUCAUGACAUGCUCGAGCGGGCCAACAAGUACCGCCCAGGAGAGCCGUCGAAGAUGAGCGGCGGCGUAACGAAAGCGGAGGUGCUGCAGAUCGUCGACGCGGAGAUCCGCAACGCCGUCAGCCGCGCCGGGCUAAGGGGCUUCGCAGAGGGCAAGAUCAGCGCCACAUGGGACCAUGACCUGCGGCAGAGGGUCAACUUCUUUGCCCGGGGCAACGGGGCGGUCAUCGACCCUACCCACACGUCGCCCAACUUUCUCGUGAAGGGGAGCGGCCACUACGAUAAUAACAACCGUAUGGACGACAACGGCGGGGGCGGCAAGAAGGCCUGGAUCCGGAGCACGGCCCACUCCCUCCGGUCCCCGAGGACAAUGGAGCCCUACGUGGCGCUUCUUGACUGGAACAGCGCGGGCGAGUGCUGGUGCGGCUCUCUCACCCAGACCCGCUUCCACCUCCCCUACGGCGUUUCUCUGUCCGUCAAGCUCGGCCAUACUGUCAUCCCGGAGUACGUCGUCAUCGAGCACAUUCUCCCCGGCGCGACUGUCUACCCGGACGCGCGCCCAAAGGAUAUCGAGGUAUGGGCGCACAUCGAAGACGAUAACCAGCGCAUGGUAGCAGAAGACUUCUCCCGGACGCACUUUGCGCCGCCGUCCAGCUACCCCCGCAGCUCUGCCGCCGCCGCCGCCGCCGCCGCGUCCCCGUCCGAGUCGGAGUCGGAGUCUCCCGGCCAGUGGACUCCGCGGCGGCCAUACAGGGCGGAAGGAUGGGUCAAGAUUGACCAGUUCGAGUACGAGUCGCGCGAAGCCACGAACGGGGUGUACGUGCACCGGCUCAACCCGGCGCUGCAGGAGAUGCGGAUCGCCACGGACCAUAUGAUCAUCCGCGCCACGAGCAAUUACGGGCAGAAGGACCACACGUGCUUCUAUCGCGUCAGGAUGUACGGCGAGGCUGUGAAGGAGUUCCCUUUGAAGUCGGCGUGAGCGAGAGCGGGACGAAUUCUUUGAUGAUGUUUACUUUAUUUUAUGCUCUUAUUUCGCACUCGUCUGGAGUUUGGGCGGUUUUAGUUGAUGAUUGUUAGACGAGCCGGUUACACGGAGCAAAGCAGGGAAGCAGGGAAGCAGGGCAAAGGAAG